AAGUUCUUCGUUCAAGGACUACAAACUCGAAUCAUUGUCCUGAACCAACCAUGUUAUCCUCGCCCCCACCCCAAUACAUGUCACAACAAAUUUCCCAUUCUAAUUUCUAUUUCUCUAUCAAACACACACGUCAUUCUAUCUUCUUCACCUAGUGAACUACCAAUAAUUCAAUAUUAUAUGAAAACGAUAAGAAAUCAUCAGAAUAUAUUCCUUCAAGAUUCCGAAGUUGUUUAACUUGAUUUCAAGACACCUAAAAUUGAUUGCUUUCAAGAUUUUUAAACUAGGGUUCUUGUGGGUUUUCGAUUGUUUGAAAGAAAUUAGAGAUGGAUGACGAUGGGAUCGAAGAGGUUAGUAGUAGCAUUAGUGCUAGGUUACUAAGAAGGAGGAGCGGUGGUGGUGAUUCAACUUCACGGUGGGUGGAUGGUAGUGAAGUUGAUUCAGAGUCACCACCAUGGUCAUUGGUUAACGAUGAUGAAAAUCGAAGCGAAGGACAUGGAUCUAUUCGAAGAAGGUUGGUGAAGAAGGCGAAAAGAGUUGACUCUUUUGAUGUUGAAGCCAUGGCUAUCUCUGGCUCCCAUGGCCACCAUGACAAGGAGGUGUCGAUAUGGCAGACUCUUGGAUUGGCUUUUCAGACGCUUGGAGUCGUGUAUGGUGAUAUGGGGACGAGUCCUUUGUAUGUGUUUACAGAUGUUUUCAGCAAGGUCAAAGUCGAGUCAGACAUUGAUGUUUUGGGAGCUUUAUCACUUGUUAUAUACACGAUUGCUCUUGUUCCAUUAGCAAAGUAUGUUUUCAUAGUGCUUAAAGCAAACGACAAUGGCGAAGGAGGAACAUUUGCACUGUAUUCACUGAUCUGCAGAUAUGCAAAGAUCAAUCUUCUACCAAAUCGUCAAGUUGCAGAUGAACGUAUAUCAAGUUUCAGGCUCAAAUUGCCAACCCCAGAACUCGAAAGGGCAUUGAAAAUCAAAGAGAAAUUAGAACACAAUUCGUUUUACAAAACCCUUCUCUUGUUACUCGUUCUAAUGGGAACUUCUAUGAUCAUCGGCGAUGGCAUUCUAACCCCUGCUAUCUCAGUCAUGUCGGCUGUGAGUGGUCUCCAAGGUAAAAUUGAAGGAUUUGGCACAAACGCUUUGGUCAUCGUCUCAAUUGUGAUUCUCGUGGGAUUGUUUGGGAUUCAGCGAUUUGGGACUAGUAAAGUAGGGCUGACGUUUGCUCCAAUGCUCGGUUUGUGGUUCUUUAGUCUCGGAUCGAUUGGAUUAUAUAACCUAAUUAAACACGAUGUAUCAGUCGUGAAGGCGAUUAACCCUGUUUACAUUUACCUGUUCUUCAAAAAAAAUUCCGUCAAAGCCUGGUCGUCUCUCGGUGGUUGUGUUCUAUGCAUUACAGGAGCAGAAGCCAUGUUUGCCGAUUUAGGGCAUUUCACUGUUCCAUCGAUUCAGAUUGCUUUCUCGUUUGUGGUGUUUCCAUGUCUUCUGUUAGCUUACAUGGGUCAAGCUGCGUAUCUUAUGAAACACCCUGAUUCCGCCGCUAGAAUCUUUUACGAUUCCAUUCCCGAUGGACUUUUUUGGCCGGUUUUUGUGGUUGCCACCAUUGCGGCUGUGAUUGCUAGUCAAGCUAUGAUAUCGGCUUCAUUCUCCUGCAUUAAGCAAUCCAUGGCUCUUGGAUGCUUCCCAAGGUUGAAAAUUGUUCAUACAUCAAGAAAGUUCAUGGGUCAAAUCUACAUUCCUGUAAUCAAUUGGUUCUUGAUGAUUAUGUGUGUUCUCGUUGUAGCCACAUUUCAAAGCACAACCGACAUAGCCAAUGCAUACGGGAUAGCGGAAGUCGGUGUAAUGAUGGUUAGCACGACAUUAGUAACCCUAGUGAUGCUUCUAAUAUGGCAAACAAACGUAUACAUAGCCCUAUGUUUCCCUCUCGUCUUCGGAUCAAUCGAGCUCCUAUACAUGUCAGCAGUCCUUUCCAAAAUCACCGAAGGUGGUUGGCUUCCUCUUGCUUUCGCAUCCUUCUUUCUCUGUGUCAUGUACAUUUGGAACUACGGAAGUGUCUUAAAAUACCAAAGUGAAGUCCGAGGCAAAAUCUCAAUGGAAUUCAUGAACGACCUCGGAUCAACUCUGGGAACUGUACGGGUCCCGGGAAUCGGACUAGUCUACAACGAGCUGGUCCACGGGGUGCCCGGGGUUCUCGGGCGGUUCCUGUUAGAGCUGCCCGCAAUCCACUCCACACUCGUUUUUGUCUGUAUAAAGUAUGUUCCUGUGCCCGUAGUCAAUCAAGAUGAACGGUUUCUUUUCAGAAGGAUCUGCCCGAAAGAUUACCAUAUGUUUCAAUGUGUAGCGAGAUAUGGGUAUAAAGAUGUACGUAAGGAAGAUCAUCAUGCGUUUGAGCAACUUUUGGUUGAGAGUUUGGAGAAGUUUAUGAGGAAAGAAGCUCAAGAACUUGCGUUGGAGAGUGAGGUAAAUGAUGCUGAAUUUGAAAGUGUGUCGGUGGGUGUGGGCCCGAGAAGCCCAAGAAGCUAUUCUGGGGAAUUGAGUGUGCCAUUGAUGAUGGAAGCAGAGGGAGAGGGAGAGGGUGAUUUGGUGUUGCCACCGAGUGUGAUGGGUGACGUUGAUGAUGAUCCGAGCUUGGAAUAUGAGCUUUCGGCUCUUAGAGAAGCUACGGAAUCUGGGUUUACUUAUUUGCUUGGACAUGGUGAUGUUAGAGCGAGAAAGGAUUCGUUUUUUCUGAAGAAACUUGUGAUUAAUUACUUUUAUUCGUUUUUGAGGAAUAAUUGUAGGGGUGGAGCUGCCACGAUGAAGGUUCCGCACAUGAAUAUCAUACAGGUUGGGAUGACAUAUAUGGUAUGAUAUAUGUAUUGUAUGUGUUAGGGUGCUCUCUUUGUUAUAUUUAUUCGUUAAGUUAUGGCUCAAAUGCUCAAGUCAAAGAUCUCUGACUUGUUUGAAGUAUGAAGAUAAUUUGUUUGUUUUGAUGUGGCGAUAGAAUGAAGCCUAUUAACUA